AUGCUGAAAAUAGAUAAUUUGACAACAGUCCAAGAAUUUGUGCUGGAGGGAUUUCCUGCUGUCCAACACCUGGGGAAACUCCUCUUUGUGGUGCACUUGCUUUUGUAUUUGGUGUCCAUUACAGGAAGCAUUGUCAUUGUCACCAUCACAUGGACUGACCACUGCCUCCAAACACCGAUGUAUUUUUUCCUAAGUAACUACUCUUUCCUAGAAAGCUGCUUUAUAACAACUGUUAUUCCCAAUCUGCUAGCAAUCUUCCUUUCAGGAAUGCAAACAAUUUCCUUUGCAGCCUGCCUCACCCAAACCUUUUUCUUUCUAUUUUUGGGGUCAACAUGCUUCUUUCUUUUGGCUGUGAUGUCUCUGGAUAGGUAUGUGGCAAUCUGUAACCCUUUGCACUACCACAACAUCAUGAACAUCAAGGUCUGUUUCUUCUUAGUCUUAUCCUCCUAUGCUUUGAGUUUUGUGUUAAUUAUCAGUCUAAUCCUAAUGGUCUCUCAGUUAUCUUUCUGUGGCUUUAAUGUCAUCCACCAUUUCUUUUGUGAUCUAGGUCCUCUAGUGCAUCUUUCAUGUUCUGACACUGGUAGUGUCGAAUCAUUAACCUUUCUUCUUUCCAUAGUUAUUGUUUUGUCUUCUCUCAUUGUAACAGUAAUAUCAUACUUAAACAUAAUAAAUACAGUAGUCAAUCUCCCAUCAGCCAAAGAAAGAUGGAAAGCUUUUUCCACAUGUUCUUCCCAUCUCAUUGUCCUUUUUCUGACAUAUGGAAGUGUUGUUUUUAUAUAUGUAAAACCAAAGCAGACUGACAGAGUAGAUGUCAACAAAGAGGCAGCACUUGUGAACACUGUGAUCACUCCUUUGCUGAAUCCUUUCAUUUAUACACUACGAAAUAAGCAGGUCAAAAGGGCAUUAAGAAAUGCUCUAUACAGAAUGAGAUGCACGAAAUAG